CGAGCAGUCACCAGUGCUUGCUUCUCCCGUACUUCUUCCCGGUCCCCCCACCGCAGCUGAGCUGCGGAACUCCUUACUCACCGACACGUAGGUCCCACCCGCUUGUGGCCCCGCCACCAGUGACCCAAACCAUCAGAGCAUCCUGUGCACGGAGCUUCCUCCUCGAAUGCGCACUAAUGGUGGUAGUAAUAAUUGCUCAUUAGUUUAAUGAGCAGCAGGUAGGCACUGUGCUGGCUGUGCUGUGCUGUGCCUCCAUCUUCCGAUUCCCAUCCCCCGUCGUCGCUUGUUUGGUGCUGUCUUUUCCUUUCCGCCGCGGCAAAAGUGAGGAGCGCGCGGGCGAGUUGGGGGAGACGAACCCGUCAUAACUCCCUCGCUUAAUCGCGUCUCGUGCUCCUGCCUCCUGCGUAUAUAAACGCGGCAAUCGGGACGCCCGGGGAGGCGUUCGUUCUCCUUCUCCAUCCCACGCGCGCGCAGGCCAAGGCCGGAUCGGCGGCCUCUCAGAUCUCGCCGGCCGCCGUGAGACAGAGACCGAAGGGGGGGUUGACCGGUGCUCGGGAGGAAGAUGUUUAGCGGGACGCAGCAGAAGUGCAAGGUGUGCACCAAGACGGUGUACCCGAUGGACCAGCUCUCCACCGACGGCGUCGUCUUCCACCGCUCCUGCUUCAAGUGCCAGCACUGCAAGUCUACCCUCUCACUGAGCAACUAUUCCUCGUUCGAAGGAGUGCCGUACUGCAAGACCCAUUUCGAGCAGCUGUUCAAGGAGACCGGGAGUUACAACAAGAGCUUCCAAUCACAGUCACCUGCAAAGAUUACUCCGGAAAAGUUGGCCCCUGAGCUGACCAGAUCACCAAGCAAAGCUGCAAGGAUGUUUUCAGGAACACAAGACAAGUGUGCGACUUGUGGUAAAACUGCGUAUCCUCUUGAGAAGGUAACAGUCGAAGAGAAGUCCUACCAUAAGUCAUGCUUCAAAUGCUCCCACGGGGGCUGCGCGAUUACACCUUCCAACUAUGCAGCCUUGGAGGGCAUCCUCUACUGCAAACACCAUUUCUCCCAACUUUUCAAGGAGAAGGGAAGCUACAACCACUUGAUCAAGUGCGCGUCCGUCAAGCGCGCUGCUGAAGCACAGCCAGAACAACCGGCCUCUGAUUCCUCCUCCUGACCACGCCAUUUAAACAGUGGGGGUUUGGAGGCGAGAGAGUUGGGAAGCCUCCUGUUUCUACUUAAAACCGCGUGAUGUAUGUUAUUCCAUCUAUGCCCCGAGGAUACUAGACUACUACUCUAUUUUGGUAUCCUCUGCUGUGCUAGCUGGAUCAUAUCAGCGAACCAUGGAAUUGCUGUCAUUUUCAAUGAAACUGUUGUGCAUCAAGUAGUGAAAUCUUCACUG